AUGAUUGCGAAACCGUCAGCCAAGAAGAGCGACUACUUUAUUCGACCGGUCGGAACACAGGAUUUGAAAUGUGAUUGGGUUAUGGACGGUGAACAUGAUCAAUAUGUUAAACAGUUAGCUGAAAAGAGGUAUGGAUUGGUAUUGUAGGUAAAAAUUAGGGGUUUGAGUAGGUAUUGUUUGGUGCUUUAGGUAACAUUUAGCAUUUAAAUAGGUAUAGCUCAGUAUUUUAGGUAACAUUUAGUCUUUUAGGCCUUCUAACAGCCUUUUCUAUACCAAAACUUCACUGUAAUACCUACUUACCGCCCUAUAACAUCAAUACCUCUAAAGAAAGCCCCAUUCCAGAUACCGAAUCGAGGACCCCGACUCGCUAGACGACCUCCCAAUGGACUGCCAAUCCAUAAAAGCCAGACAUCAUUUCCCGGACCAGCCCUCCUCUCCAUUCGAAGCCGACUUCCCGUACGCUGUAGCCAGGAACGUGUACAAGGACUACUACUACCUGGAGCUGGUCCUGGCCGCCACCUACCAACCCCAAAACUGCUACUGUUACGCCAUCGACCGGUCGGCCGACCACUUGUUCCGGGCCCGGCUGAAGGCGUUGGCCAAAUGUUUGCCGAACGUGAUCGUGGCCACCGAGUACCGUGACAUGGACAGUGCUGGCCAUCGAAUGGACCUGGCUCACAUCGACUGUUUGAACGUGCUGAGGAACGGCACGAUGAAGUGGAAGUAUGUUCAGCUGUUGCAGGUGGUUUUUAGUAUUAAGAGGGGUGGUUUUGAAGUAGGGUAGGAUAGGGUAAAGAAGGGUAGUGUAAGGUAGGGUAGUUAAAAAUGUCAUACUUUCAGAAUCAUGACUUCCCAACCAAGACCAAUUAUGAAAUGGUGGCGAUCAUGAGGUGGCUGAACGGCUCAAAUGCUGUCGAUGUUGGCAAAGAGUGUGGCAGACUCAAUAAGGAUUUGGAUUGGACCUUGCAGAGCUUGGGAAUCUUUAGGAAUAGUAAGUUUUUUUUUGUAAAGAAAGUUUUUGCCAUUUUCUGAUUUGUAAAAAAAGUUCUUGCCAUUUUCUGACUUGUGAAGAAAGUUCUUGCCAUUUUCUGAUUUGUAAAGAAAGUUCUUGCUAUUUUUGCUUUGUAAAGAAAGUUCUUGCCAUUUUUUGUUUUGUAAAGAAAGUUUUUGCCAUUUUUUGAUUUGUAAGGAAAGUUAUUGCCAUUUUUUGUUUUGUAAAGAAAGUUUUUGCCAUUUUUUGUUUUGUAAAGAAAGUUCUUGCCAUUUUCUGAUUUGUAAAGAAAGUUCUUGCUAUUUUUGCUUUGUAAAGAAAGUUAUUGCCAUUUUUUGUUUUGUAAAGAAAGUUUUUGCCAUUUUUUGUUUUGUAAAGAAAGUUCUUGCCAUUUUCCACAUAAAAAACGUACUUUAUACCUAUAUUAAACUAGUUCAGCUUCAAAACUAGACCAAAUCUUAAAAACCUGGAACUCCACUUUGCCUCCAAGAAUCACGUUCGCCACAGGCUACAAUGAGGUGACGAUAAGUCGAGAAGCCGCUGACUACAUCCUCACCGAACUCAACUUAACUAAGCUCAUUGAUCAGUUUGAUGAUCCGAAGAUCUAUGGCGUUGAUGAGUUCGCCUUCACAACGAUAUUAUCCAUGGAGCUGCUGGGUAUACCAGGCAGUUUCACUCAGCAUUGUCUUGAAAAGGUACGGGAAACAAUGUCUAUCACAAGGUAUACCAAUUGGAUCAAUCAUACCCAGUGCAACACCGGCUAUUAUCGACAUACCAUCUGUAUUCAUGGUGUGGAAGACCUACGACCGGUGGUGAACAAUGUGAAGGAGCUGUAUAUCAAUAAGUUGUUGCCGGAGUUUGACUUUAAUGGCGUGGUAUGUUGGCUUGAAGUACUGUAUAAUAGGACGUACUUGGAGGAGAGGACGGUGAAGGGGUUGGAUCAGAAGUAUUAUCAAGGAUUGGCUCAUGUAAGUGUAGUUACAUGGUAAAAGUGGGAAUGAAGAAGGUAGGGUUAGGUUGAUGAUAGGCUUGGGUAGGUAUAGGGAUGGGUAAAGGCUAGGCUUGGGUAGGUAUAAGGCUGGGCAGAAGCUAGGUAUAGGUAGGUAUAAGGCUAGGUAGAAGCUUGGUAUAGGGUUGGAUAAACGAUAGGCUUAGAUAGGUAUAGGUUAGGUAAAGACUAGGCUUGUACUAGGAUAAGGCUGUUAGAGGCUAGGACUCAGAUAGCUAUAGGGCAGGGCAGAGGCUUGGUUUGGAUAGGUAUAGAGCUUGAUAAAUGGCUAGAGUAAGGCUAGAAUCGUGUAGGUAUUGGGCUGGGUAGAGGCUAGACCUGGGCUCUUAUAGGGAUGGGUAGAGGCUAGGCUUACGUUGGUAUAGGGCUGAGUGGAGGUUAUACUCGGACUGGGAUAAGGUUGGUAGAGGCUAGGCUUGUGAUAGGUACAGGGCUUUAUAAAGAGUUAGGUUAAGUCUAGAAUUUGAUAAGUAUAGGACUAGCUAGAGACUAGGCUUGGGUAGGCAAAGGGAUCAGGCAGAGACUAGAGACACUGUAAAGCAAGCUAUGGCAGGUUAGUCACGGUAGUAUUGAUAUAGAAAUGGGUUAUCUAUGUUAUAUUAGGUGCCGACAUAAAGAACCCGCCAUACUUUGCCUUAAUUUCCUGUAAAGAAUGGCGGGUUCUUUAUGUCGGCACCUAAUAUUAGGGUAGAGAGCAAUGUGACAGGAAUUUCAAUGUUGAAAACAUCAUUUCAGGUCCGAUACCAAGCCUUAAAAGACGAAAAUGGUCAAGUUCCAGCCGAAAAACUAGCCAAUUUCUCCUGUACUGCAUGA